AUCAAGCACCUAAGCAUUCACAUUUCUUCUACAAACAUUUUUGAAAGAAUGGGUCGCUCUCAGGAGCUCUCAGUGAAUUCAAGCGUGGUACUGUGAUAGGUUGCCAUCUGUGCAAUAAGUCCAUCCGUGCAAUUUCCUUGCUAGUAAAUAUUCCAUGGUCAGCUGUUAGCAAUAUUAUAACAAAGUGGAAGCAACUGGGAACAACAGCAACUCAGCCAUGAAGUGGUAGGCCACGUAAAAUGACAGAGCGGGGUCAGCGCAUGCUGAAGUGCACAGUGCGCAGAAGUCACCAACUGUCUGCAGAGUCAUUAGCUAAAGACCUCAACACUUUGUGUGGUUUUCAGAUUAGCACAACAACAGUGCAUGGAGAGCUUCAUGGAAUGGGUUUUCAUGGCUUAGCAGCUGCAUCCAAGCCUUACAUCACCAAGUGCAAUGCAAAGCGUCGGAUGCAGUGGUGUAAAGCACACCACCACUGAACUCUAGAGCACUACUUGCCUGACUGCAUUGUGCCAAGUGUAAAGUUU